AUGGGAACUAAACUGUCGGUCUCUUUGGAAGGAGCGAACAGUCCGGAAACUGCUCCGCGCGUCGACAGACCGCCCACUUUCGACCCCCAGUUUGGAUUCGAGAAGCCGAGAAAGGUAGUUUUUGCAUUUUUCGAUCUAAAAAAUGAGAAUUAACAUUUUUUUAGGUCCGCGAAAUGAAGGCUACUUGGGACGAAAUGGAACAGUGGAAGCUGAAGCCGGCCCAACGUGACUACUGUGCUCACCACCUUAUUUCGCUAAUGAAAUGCCAGGCAAACCACUUUGGUCAGCUUUUUUGCUCAACGUUCUUUUUAGACUCAAAACGCGCCGUUCGCCGGACAUGCGUGCGACGGGGAGCGUGGAGCCUGGGACAAGUGCGAGUACGAAGACCACAUCAUGAGAAUCAAGGAGUUCGAACGCGAGAGACGGCUCUUGCAAAGACAGACCCGAAAGGAAACCGCCUAA